GCUUCAGGAAAAUUACACUUUCUGAAUCAGAAAAACCUAAGCCUCCUCUCUCUCUUCUAUAGCCGCCACUCUCUCUCUCUCUUCUUCCUUAGAAUUUCGAAAUUACCUUAGUGAUUAGAGUAGUGCCCACACACAUCAAGCAAUACCUCAAUCAUAGUGAGGAAGAUCGUGAAGAAAGAUCAUCAGCAAAGGAGAUUCAGCAUCAAGGAUUCAGAGAAAGAGAUCCAGGUUCAGAUCUUGAUAAUACUCUGCUACAGAAAGGAUUCAAGGGUUAGAGAUCUGAACGGAAGGAGUCAUUUAAUUCCGCUGCACCCAAUUGUCAUUAUGAAUAACCCUCACCCCGAUCCUCUACUAGUUACUAUCUUAGCAAAAGAACUCUAUAGUGUGAAAAUGCAUCUUGGUAGUUGCAUUAACUUGCACAUGUUGAUGAUGAAUCUGAAGUUCCAAAAGGCAAAUCUACUAGGAAUUGAUUUAUCAAGAGAACAAUGGGUCCAACUUAUCCUUAAUAGUCUUCCUCCGGAGUAUAAUGAAUUUGUUAUCUCUUACAUGAUCAACAAUUCUAACUCCUCCGACAUGGACAAGCUCGAAGCAGAAUUACGAGCCCAUGAACGGAACUUGAUUGCAAUGGGUCCCCCUGGGUUUGCAAUCAAUAUUCGAAGGAAAAGGACUAGGUAUGAAGGAUCUAGCAAAACUGCUUCUUCAAGUACAAUUAUCAGACAUAAUCUUCUAUGUUCGAAUUGUAAUGGAAAGGGUCAUCAUGAAGAACGAUGUCCCAGGCUUCUAAACAAUUCAAACGAAGUUGCUUGAAACUUGGGAAAAUCUGCUUCCAGGAGAGUUACAGCUUAAAGUUGGCAAUGGCGAAUUAGUAUCGGUCAAAGCUAGAGGAAAAGCCCGCAUCAAGUUUCAACAAAGAUUUUUAAUUUUAGAAAAUGUUUUAUUUAUUCCAAACUUUAGUAAAAACUUGAUUAGUGUCUCAUGUUUGCAAACACAAUCUUAUAUAUUGAAUUUUUCGAGUACAAAUUGUUCAA